AUGUCUUACAAGCACGCCGCCGCGCAGGGCGCAUUUGGCGAUGCGCUGAUCCAAGCUCUGACGCCGAUAGGUCUCGGACAGGCCUUGCAGCCAAAUGCAGGCGCGAUCAUCAAGGUGGUACUCGAAAUUGCCGUCUCCGAAUCUCAACUGAAGCUUCAAUCGGAUGUUCGCUUCUGGUUAUGGCAAGGUCAAGGCAAGGUUAACAUCGUCUUUACGCUGACCGUUGACCGCCAGAACCCCAGAAUUUGGAUUGAGAAAUGGGAGUCGGCGGGUGACCGGGAGCAUCGUACUCAGCAGGUCACGGUAUACCGAGGCGCAAACAACCGCAUAUACACAACCGGUGACCUUCUUACCAUCGAAUUUCCAAACCUAUUUCUCCGCAAUACCAGCUGUCCCAAAGAGGCAUACAUCCAAUUCCCGCAGGAUGUUCUCGAGAACCUCGCGAUUCCAAUUUGGCUCGCUCAGAAGUUUGAUGUCUGA